AUGGACGAAGAAAGCCAAUCCAUCCAGCCCCGAGGCCAGAGCUGCUGGGCCGCCCUGCCCGACGUGUGCCUGCGUCGCGUGUUCUGGUGGCUGGGAGACAGGGACAGGUCCCGGGCCGCCCUCGUCUGCAGAAAGUGGAACCAGAUGAUGUACUCGGCUGACCUCUGGCGGCACAGGACCAUCACGUUCAGCGGGAGACCCUCCAGGGUGCACGCGUCCGAGUUCGAGUCGGCUCUCUGGUACGUGAAGAAAUUUGGCCGCUAUCUGGAGCACCUGGAGAUCAAGUUUCUGAACCCUUACAAUGCCGUGCUCACCAAGAAGUUCCAGGUCACCAUGCGAGGCCUCCUGUCCUGUCUGGGCAAGGACAACCACCGCCUGAAGUCGCUGUCCGUGCAGCACCUGGAGCUGGACCGUCCCGUCUGGAGGAACGGCAUCCGCGGCUCGCUCAUCAAGAGCCUGAGCUGCUUCUUGAGGAAAGCGGGAAGGCAGCUGGAUCACCUCAGCCUGAAAGGGGCCAGGCUGACCGUGGAGCAGGGCUGCGCCGUGCUCGGCUCCCUGAGCUGCUCACGGGGCGAGAGCCUGGUGUCCCAGCUCAACAUCGAGGACUACUUCAGCCGCCACCUGGCCGUCUACAGCAGCCCCCAGUUCAGCAAGACCAUGGCCACGUUCCGCAGCCUGGUGUCCCUGAGCCUCAACUACAACUGCAUCUCGGACGAGCUGCUGGACGGCCUGUGCGAGAACAACGCCAGGACCCUCUGGACCAUAAACAUCAAGUGCCACGUCCACGACCCCCACGGCCAGGUCAUCUGGGGCAUGUCCUGGGCCAGGCUGGCCAGGCGCGCCUCCAACCUCAAGGUGAACUUCUUCUUCGAGCGGGUCAUGAAGCACGAGCGCCUGGCCCGGGUCCUCCUGCAGGAGAUCCCCGUUCGGGGCCUCAGUCUGAGAAGCUGCUACUUCAGCGACCCGGACUGGUCCAUGAGGCCCACGCUGACGGAUCUCCUGCCCACCUUCCGGCACACGCUGCAGAAACUGACGUUUGAGUUCAACAACAACCACGAGUCCCUGGACGAGGAACUGUGCUUCCUCGUCUCAUCCUGCAGGAAGCUGUUCUACUUCAAAAUCUGGGCUUUCCUGGACGUCAGGUUCGUGGAGCGGAUCCUGAAGAGCCAGGAGGAAGGGCAGUGUUCCCUGCGCACUCUCAAGGUGCGAAUUUACACGAACAGGUACGAGACCAACGACGAGGACAGGACGCUGCGUGAGAUCCACCGGAAGUACAGGAAACUCAUCGACUCCGAGCUCAACUAUUUCGUCAUCGCUUACCCCAUGAUGUAG